AUGCAACGACAACCGAAAUGGGAUAUUGCCGACACGAAUAUUGCCUACCUUGGCUCCAAGUUUGAUAAAGAUGCUCGCUAUCAAGCAAGUAAAACUGAGCAAGCAUGGGCUGAUCCCAAUUUGGGUAUUGGAAAUGUAGAGGGACUUUGGGUCUGGCGAGUGGAAAAGUUCGAGAUCAAGCCAUGGCCCAGGGAUAAGUACGGAAGAUUCUACUCCGGUGAUAGCUAUAUAAUACUGCACACGUAUAAAAAAGAUCCAAACAACGAAGCGCUUUCGCAUGAUAUUCAUUUCUGGCUUGGUUUGGACAGCAGUCAGGACGAAAUCGGUACAGCCGCAUACAAGACAGUCGAGUUGGAUGAUUUCCUCGGUACUGCACCAGUACAACAUCGUGAAGUCCAAGGAUACGAAUCCAGACUCUUUCUUUCUUAUUUCAGACGCCUUCAAGUGGAGGACGGUGGCAUUGGAUCUGGCUUCCACGUAGUCGAACACAAGUCGUACCGCCAUCGUCUGCUUAAGAUUAAGCUCAUAAAUCGAUCUAUCGUUAUUCGAGAAGUGCCCAAGGAUUAUACCUCACUAAACUCCGGUGAUGUUUUUGUAUUAGACGCGGGUACAGUGUUAUACCAGUUGAUUGGGAAGAACGCGCAAGGAGUAGAAAAAGUAAAAGCCGCCGAGUUUGUGCAGGCUUUGGAGAGUGAGAGGAAUGGAUUGGCGCGUACGAUCGUAAUCGAUGAGGGCGAUCGGGAGAUGCCCAAAUUCUGGGAAGCGCUUGGAAGCAAAGGCCCUAUCAAGGCGGCUUCUGAGGAUUUGGAUACUAGUGUUCAAGCUCAAGAGAAGAGGCUAUUCCGAGUGAGUGAUGCUUCUGGAGAGCUGAAAUUCACAGAAGAGGCUCAAGGAAGAAUAAAUAAAUCAAUGUUUGAUUCAAAUGAUGCUUUCGUCUUUGAUGCCGGACAUGAAGUGUUCGUAUGGGUUGGAAGUAAAGCCACUGUCAAGGAAAGAAGAUUUGCGCUUCAGUAUGCCCAGCAUUAUAUUAAGCAGUAUCAUAGACCACCGUACACACCUAUCACACGUGUGAUAGAAGGUGGUGAGAAUGAAACUUUUGAGAAGAGCUUGGAGAUUGUUGGCCAAGAAGCUAUUUAG